UGCUGAAAGGAAAGUGUGUCUGUACAUAGAGACCAUGACCUUGAUUACAUGCCAUGAUUUUGAUGAUCUACCUAGAUCUUGGUCUGUUCAGGAAUAGCAGCAAAUAGCAGCAAAUUCCAGUGUGCAUCAGAACUGCAGAAGAGAAGAGAAGAGAAGAGAAGAGAAGAGAAGAGAAGAGAAGAGAAGAGAAGAUGACAAAGAACAGGAAACAUGCUGUUGAAUUUUUGAACACAAUAUUAACGGAUGGAGCUAAACUGGCUCCAGAAGAGAAGCUCUUCUCCUAUAAGGGUAUUUUGUACCCUGUUACUUUUUGCUCUCCUGAAACUUUUGAAGCUCUUGAAACCUUUGAAGCCAGGGAGGAUGAUGUGAUCCUGGCAGGAUAUCCUAAAACUGGCACAAACUGGCUCGAUCAAAUUCUGUGUAGCCUGGAAACCACUGCUGCAAAAUACACGGAAGAGGAAAUUGCAAAAAGAAUUGCUCUCGAAGGGGAAUUGGGAAAACCUAUGCGCCUUGAAUUUGGGAAUGCAGAUGUAUUCAGGAGGAUGGCCAAACUACCUUCCAGAAGGAUCCUCAUAACUCAUCUCACGCCUCGUUUACUACCCCCAUCUAUUUUCAACAAGAAAGCCAAGAUACUGGUGCUGAUUCGAAAUCCAAAAGACACAGUGGUAUCUUAUUUUCAUUUUAUCAAUAAGAUGUCUUUCUUCCCUACUUCAACAUGGGAUGCGUAUUUCACAGAUUUUAUGAAUGGCAAAGUGGGUUGGGGCUCCUAUUUUGACCAGCUCAAGGAAUGGGACAAGUAUGUCGAUGAUGAAACUGUCAUGGGUAUAAGUUACGAAGAGCUAAAGGAGGAUCUGAAUUUAGGCUUGAAAAAAAUAGCUAAGUUCUUUGGGUUUUCGUUGAGCGAAGAAGAGUUUCAAAGUGUUGCAGAAAAGAGUACCUUCCAAGCUAUGAAAGAGAAAGCCCAUGAGAGCCAUGGAACAUUUGGAGACGCUCUUUUCCGCAAAGGAAGUGUUGGCGACUGGAAAAGCUUGUUCACAGAAGCUCAGAACCAAGCAAUGGAUCAAAAAUUUGAAGAAUGUUUAGCCAGUACUAAACUAGGAGCAAAAUUAAAGUAUGAGGUUUACUGCAAGAUCUGAGAAAGCAGGCUGCUUAAUGGACUGCUUUUCUGCUGUAUUUCUCCAAUAAAGGCCAUGUUAUCUUUCUAAGCAACCUGCCGCACUUCUCAGUAGAGGCAGUUGCAUCCAGCUUCAAAUGUUUUAUCUGCUUGAGUUGCAUUAUUUCAUAGUUGCACAUGCUUUAUCUGUGUGCAAGCCAGAGCCCCCGGGUGAUGCGGUGGUGCAACAAUACAAUCAGUCAAUUCUA